GUGAUAUCAUACAUAGUUUCCAUAGGUUUGAUCGUUAUCUGAUCUAGAUCACUUUUGAAGAGAUCGCACUGGUGAACAACCUAGGUGGUUUCACAGUAUCACCAAACGCCGCCGAGCCACAUGGACAGACUACCCGCGGAGCUUCAUAUAGCGAUCUGUCGAGAUUUAUCGUCGGAUGACAUGGCGUCUUUGGCGCUAUGCUCCCAUAGCCAUAACGCACUCGUUCGACCCCUUCUCUACGAGCACAUUAGAGUGUGGGAUCGAGGAACGAUCCCACGAUACAAGGACCGAUGCCUAGGGUGGAAAUACGAGCAUAGUCGUCUCUUCGCUUUAGUGACUACGAUCGUGUCAAGGCCGUCAUUCUUCGGCCCCUUCGUAAAGUCCAUCAAGGUUGUCCACACCGAAUUCUUGUCUGAGUCUGACCUUGGACAAAUCGCUCUCUGCUUCCAAGCCAUGACCAACCUCCGCUCCCUGUGGGUUAUCUCCUAUAUUUCGGGCCCCGCGUUCACGUCGUUCAUAUCGCAUGUCUGCUCCGGUGCGGUCUCACCUUCAUUGGUGGAAUUCCAAUGUAGUCCCACGCCAACUGCUCCCUUCCUCUUCGAGUUCGUGCGCUCUCAUCCGAAUCUUUCCGUGUUGCGCCUCAGCGUUGACGAUCAAAAUGGCCAAAAUAAAUCUCAACCCCGAUUCGAGUCUAUUUCUCCGCAAGCUCGGCUGCCACAUCUCACGACCCUCGAGUUGACAGUCGGUUCUGGUGGGCUCGCCUUUGCCACCGAGCUGCUCAGAGUGUCUGCCCUUGUCGAGCGGCUUUCGAUUACCUACUCUCGUUCUUUGCCGAAGCUACUGACCGAUCUGGUCCUGAUCCAUCUCGAAUCCUUCGACGGCUGCAGCAGACUCAACCACCUCAUCAUCGAAGGCACGCCGCAUCAUUGCUCUCAGUCCUUCUCCUGGAUCAUUUCCAGCAUCCUGCCUAAAAUCCCGAACCUUCGUAUUCUCGAGCUCCGCCAAGCUCGAUACAAAAACCAUACGACUAGUUCCGGGAACCCACAACAAGUCAUCCGCAUUGACUCCUUGCUGCCCGGGCAGUCAGACGUUAUCUCGGCAUUCCCGACGAAAUUGGAGACGCUGAGGUGGCUCGGUGCAGACGCAUUCUUUCCUACGGUCCGAAGCGAUCUUUCGCCACACGGAACAUCGAACGUCAAUGCGCUCCUCGAGCUCUUUCCGUCGUUGAAGGUGGUGAAGUAUCGCGAGAGGGGGUAUAUGUUCAUUUUUAGGAGGUCAGAGGGCGGUGUGGUCGUGCGUCAGGCCGUGAGGAGCACCGUUCCCCUUGACAUGGAUCGCUUUCCAUGGAGCUAG